AACCCAUUAUAAAGGAGACGCCCAUAAGAGGUGGCCAGCUGUUCGCAGACGUUCGGGAACCUUUUCAGCGCAGAUUCAUGAUUAUUACACUCUUCCCUUCGUAACUACCGCUCUUUCCAAACAAAGAGAGGCGAUGGAAAAAGUUCGCUUCUACGCUCUUUGGUCUCUUCGCGAUGUUCCUCGAGAGUUCAUCGGCAGGUCCGGCCGCCCGUGUUACCAGACUCAGCUGCAGUUGCCACUGCAGCUCCCGCUGCCCGAGCACCUGCUGGUCUUCGGCGUGGGCAACUGGAAAUAUCCCUCCGCGCCCGCGAGCGUCACCGUGGCCGUAUCCGUGAGCCGCGAGCUGCAGCCGCAGGUCAUCGGGAGCCUCUCGCCUCAGGCCAGGUGCCUCAUGUGGGAUGGAGACUGGAGAGUGGACCUGCAGUCAGCGGCCAUGGAGAAAGCAGAGCGAGGGGUCUGCGGGAAGAUCGUCCUCAGCGUCUGUGGUGGGGUGCAGCCAUCGCUUAUUGGCAGCACUCCAAGUCCUGCAUCCUCAGGAAAACGGCUCACUCCUGACUGGAGGUCCGGGGAACAGGUGAACACUCCAAACUGCACAGAUAUUGAAGAGAACAGAAGUCCCAGUGUCAGCUAUGCGGAGCUGAAAAGCAGUAAGACGGAAACGGAGGAUUGCAGUCAAGAGUCUGGAAAGCUGUGUGUGUCUCAUAUGGACAAAACUGUGAGGCAGACUGUGGUCAGCAGGAGAGAGACACUGUUGGGGAACUCGCAGGAGCUGGGGAUCUUCCAGGAGUCCAGUCAGACUUCCAGUCCAAGAAAGAGGAGGCAAAGUCUGGAGGGUGUGCAGGCUAACAUAGAGAAGAGCACUGCAAGGUUGAAGAAAAAGUGCUGUGAGGUUCUCCAAGGGUCUGUGAGUCGUGCAGUGUGUCCAUCCAAGCGUUGGUGCCACACCAUGUGCCUGAGUGAUGCAGAGACAGCAAUCCUCAUAGGGGGUGAAGCCAUGGAGCAAGCAAUCUCUACAGACUCCAUCUGGAAGCUGGAGUUAGACAGUGACUUCUGGUUUCCAAUGGGAUCCACUGGCUCGGUGCCAGCACCGUCCUGUUCCCGUGGCCUUUCUGCGACAUAUGACCCCGAGAACAAAGCUAUUUACGUGUAUGGUGGCCUCAAGGAGGACAGGCGCCACAAUGACAUUUAUGUGCUUGACACCUUGACUUGGAAGUGGAAGCUGGUUACCGCAAAAGGCACCGUCCCAGCCCUGGCCUACCACAGUGCCACAAUCUACAGGAAAGAGCUCUUUGUGUUUGGUGGCGUGCAGCCCAGUCGCUGCCCGCUGGGCCGGACCUGCAGCAACACCCUGUACAUCUUCAACCCAGAGUUUGGCCUCUGGUACCAGCCCAUAGUGGAGGGUGACCGACCUUUGCCUAGAUUCGGGCACUCUGCCACGCUGUUGUCAAACAAGCUGAUUAUUUUUGGUGGGAGGAAAACUGCUGCUUACUUCAAUGACCUGCACAUUUUGGACCUUGGCUUCAUGGAAUACACUGCAGCUAAGUACGAGGACCUGCCUCCACUGCCACGAGGCUUCCAUGCUGCAGUCCCGGUGGGGGACAAUCGGGUUCUCAUCAGUGGUGGCUGCUCUGCUCUUGGAGCCCUGCAGGAUGCACACCUCUUCAACUUGGACACCUGCUCCUGGAGCGCGGUGUGUUGCCCCACUCUGUGUUCCAAGCCCCGCGCUGGCCACAGCAUGAUUGUUCUGGGUGGUGCUCCAACUGGAUGUGAGCAUGAGCAAGACCAAACAGGAAGCGCCUGCUGCAUCGUCCUGGUUUUUGGGGGUUCGGACUGUUUUGGAACCUUCUACGAUGACAUUUUUAAGUGUGCUGUUAAGCUCCCAGGUGCAGUAGGGGGUCGAACUGAAAGUGGGGAUUUUGAACCAUGAAUUGAGAGGUAGUGGGUGUGGACAGUAUACUCCAGGGCACUGUUGAGCCCUGUGGCAUCUAGGAGCUUACGUGGGUUUACUGUGCCUGUUUUAUGAAAUAGGAUCUCAUUGUUUACUUAAUUCUGUACUCUGACCUUUUUGUACCUUCCUUUUCAGUGUUUUUAUUGCUAAUCUGUCACAGAGAAGAGCUUUUUAGAUUGUCUGUAUGAGAGACGUAUGCUUUUAAACGGACCAUGAGUUUGACAGCUUUGUCAUUUUUGUUUUAAGCUGGAUGACUGACAUAUGGUGUAAAUAUUACAGUUCAAAAGGCCUGCAAGCAGAACCAUUUUUUUUAAUAUUCAAAGUAUGCUCAGCUGUGUACUUUGAGACAGAUAUCCAAGUCCUUGAUCCUUGCCUAAUUUUGAUUAAGGUAUUUUCAUUCUUUUUCUAAGUAUUGCUACCAGUACCACACUGUUCCCUAGUGGACAUCUGUGCAAUAACAUUUGAAAUAAAGUGGUCUUGUCGCAGUUCUACAGUUACCUGUUGACAUGUAUGUGCAUGUGGUGCUGAACAUGAUCAUACGUUGAUUCCUUUCCACACAUUGAUAGUGGAUGUAAUUCAGUACAAAUUUAAUGAGGUAGAAGCACUGAAAAUACUAGAUAUGGGGAACUGUGUAAAACCAUGCAAAUAAAAUGGUUUGAACAACUCAAGUUGUGAUCAGUGCUGUGCAGUAAGUUGGAAGCAAUUAUUGUGUUAUGGGAAGUGGUAAAAAUGUACAGUAUGUCAACCCCUCAAAAAUUGGAGGCAUAAUAUAGGUUUAGGCCUACAUUUGCCAGAUAAGCUGACCCCCAAAAUAAUGUGCAACUUUUGGGCA